AAUUUCUCUCUUUCAAAAAAAUAAAAAAAUAAAAAGAAAGAGAUGGAGUUUGUGCAUGAAAAUGGGAAUGGACACGUGAGUGUAUGCAUGAAAGAUCCAUUGAACUGGAAGGUGGCAGCAGAGAGCAUGUCAGGGAGUCAUCUUGAUGAAGUUAAGAAGAUGGUGGAGGAGUUUAGAACACCUGUUGUUAAACUUGAGGGUGCUUCUCUUAAGAUAGCUCAGGUGGCAGCGGUGGCAGCCGCCGGUGAGAAGGCGGUGACGGUGGAGCUUUCCGAUGAGGCACGGCCAAGAGUCAAGGCAAGCAGUGAUUGGGUUAUGGAUAGCAUGAACAACGGUACUGAUAGUUAUGGUGUUACUACUGGCUUUGGUGCUACAUCUCACCGGAGGACUAAACAAGGUGGUGCUCUCCAGAAGGAGCUUAUCAGGUUUCUGAAUGCUGGAAUCUUUGGCACUGGGAACACGCUGCCAGCUCCGGCGACAAGGGCGGCGAUGUUGGUUCGUAUCAACACACUACUACAGGGAUACUCUGGGAUUAGAUUCGAGAUCUUGGAAGCCAUCACAAGCCUUCUUAACAACCAAAUCACACCAUGCCUGCCUCUUCGCGGCACGAUCACUGCUUCUGGUGAUCUGGUGCCUUUGUCUUACAUCGCUGGUAUGCUAACAGGAAGGCCUAAUUCCAAAGCUAUUGGACCUGACGGUGAAACAAUCACGGCUGAAGAGGCAUUCAAGCUUGCUGGGAUUAAUGGAGGCUUUUUCGAGCUGCAGCCUAAGGAGGGGCUUGCGCUUGUCAAUGGCACAGCAGUGGGCUCUGGCUUGGCCUCUACGGUUUUGUUUGAAGCCAAUAUCCUCGCUGUUCUUGCUGAAGUAUUGUCAGCUGUCUUCUGUGAGGUGAUGCAGGGAAAGCCUGAGUACACUGACCACCUUACACACAAAUUGAAGCACCAUCCAGGCCAGAUUGAAGCUGCUGCCAUUAUGGAACACAUCCUUGAGGGUAGCUCCUACAUGAAAGAUGCCGCAAAGAUCCAUGAACAAGACCCACUGCAGAAGCCCAAGCAGGAUCGUUAUGCCCUCCGCACUUCGCCUCAAUGGCUCGGUCCUCAAAUUGAAGUCAUUCGCAUGUCCACCAAAUCCAUUGAGAGGGAAAUCAACUCAGUCAAUGACAACCCCUUGAUUGAUGUUUCAAGGAACAAGGCUCUCCAUGGCGGUAACUUCCAAGGGACUCCCAUUGGUGUCUCAAUGGAUAACACCAGGCUGGCCAUUGCAGCCAUCGGCAAGCUCAUGUUUGCUCAAAUCUCUGAGCUUGUCAAUGAUUUCUACAACAAUGGAUUGCCCUCUAACCUCUCUGGUGGCCGAAACCCGAGCUUGGACUAUGGCUUCAAAGGUGCGGAGAUUGCAAUGGCAAGCUAUUGCUCCGAGCUCCAGUCCCUUGCAAACCCAGUGACCAACCAUGUCCAGAGUGCUGAGCAACACAACCAAGAUGUCAACUCCUUGGGCUUGAUUUCUUCCAGGAAGACAGCUGAGGCAGUAGAGAUCUUGAAGCUCAUGACUUCCACCUACUUGGUUGCACUUUGCCAAGCCAUUGAUCUGAGGCAUUUGGAAGAGAACUUGAAGAGCACUGUCAAGAAUACCGUCAGCCAAGUUGCCAAGCGAGUGCUGACCAUGGGUGUCAAUGGAGAGCUCCACCCAUCGAGGUUCUGUGAAAAGGACUUGAUCAAAGUCAUUGACCGCGAGUAUGUCUUCGCCUACAUCGAUGACCCCUGCAGUUACACUUACCCAUUGAUGCAAAAGCUGAGGCAGGUUUUGGUGGAGCAUGCCCUCAACAAUGGUGAGAAGGAGAAAAAUGGCAACACUUCCAUCUUCCAAAAGAUCACUGCAUUCGAGGAAGAACUGAAAGCCAUACUGCCCAAAGAGGUGGAGGCAGCUCGGGUUGCCUAUGAGAAUGGAAGCCCAGAAGUUGCCAACAGGAUCAAGGAAUGCAGGUCUUUUCCACUGUAUCAGUUUGUCAGGGAGGAACUUGGAACAGCUCUUCUUACCGGAGAGAAGGUGCGGUCACCAGGCGAGGAGUUUGACAAGGUGUUCACUGCCAUCAGCCAGGGGAAGGUGAUUGAUCCUCUACUUGAAUGUUUGAGAGACUGGAAUGGUGCUCCCAUACCUAUUUGUUAGGUAGCUUGCAACACCAAAGUUAUGUUUCUGUGUGACCACCUCUGCAAAGAGCUUUCCAUUGGUUAUUUGUUUCUUGUUUUCAAGCUUAAUUGUAAGAACCCUGCAUGGCUCAUGCAGGGAAAUGAUAUAUAAAAUUUGCAUCUCUAUUUGCAUGUAUUGUUUAUUCAGUAAGUCUCAACUUUUCAAUCUA